AUGCUCCGAGCGGCCCAUUUGUCAACCUUAGCCCCCCUUUCGCCCCCACGCCCCAUCGCCCCCACGGGCGCCCCCGCGGACCCCCGACGACAAAAGAAACGCGAGCGCCAGAUGAAACUAAAGCCAUGUCAAUAUCGCAAUAGGGCCGGCCGCGGCGUAGAAUACGUCAGAGCGACCGCGCCAGUGGAUCAGCCGCGAGCGGCCGCCGGCGCGCGGUCCCGGAUCGAAUCCAUCACCGGCGGGCCAACG